AUGGAUUCUGGCUACUACGGCUCCUACUAUCCUGGUAACAGGACGCAUAUUGAUUGGAACCAUGUACAGUUUUCCAAUUUCUCAAAUAUUCAGUACUCAAGACCGGAUUUCUCAGACACGGAGGACCAAGAGAGGGACGAGUACCAAGGCGACAAUGGAUAUCCAUCAUACAUGAGGGUGCCAAUGGAGGCACCCUCACCUCCACCACAAGCAGCUCUCACCAAGAAGGAGAGGAAGAAGCUGAAGAAGCAACAAGAGAGGGCGGCAGCGGCAGCGGCAGCCGAAGCAGAAGCAGCAGCUUUCGUGCCACCCCCAGCACCAGAUCCGCCAGCGGAGGAAACAUGGCCUGCACCUGUAUCAUCAUCCAGCAAGAAGAAGAACAAGAAGAGUAAGAAGAAGGACCAAAAGACUCUGUUGCCACCUCCACCAGUUCCCCUGCCUCCACCUGUCGAGAAGGACAAGGAGGAGGAGAAGGUUGAGGAGGCGGAGACGAAGUCAGAGGACCCAGAACCUACAGAGCCAGAAGAGAAGGCCGAGGAGACACCAGCCGCCGAAGAGGAAACACCAGCGGCAGAAGAAGCUCCCAAGGAGGAGGACAAGGACACCGCGAAGGAAGAAGACGCACCAGCCGAAGAAACACCCACCACAGAAGAAACACCAGCUGCCGAACCUGAAGAGACGCCCGACAAAGAGGAGACAUCAACAGACGAGGCGUCCAAAGAGGAGACCGCCUCAAAAGAGGUACCCACAGAAGAGACUCCCGCAGAAGACACGUCUAAGGAGGAGGCAUCUACAGAAGCCGCGCCCACGGAAGAGGCUCCAAAGGAAGAGGAGUCCAAGGAGGGGGAAGCGUCAACAGAAGAGACAGCGGCCAAAGACGAAGUACCUGCUCCUGAAGAAGCGGCCGCCGAGGACGACAGCACCGCCAAGGCCGAGACUCCUGCAAACGAGGAAAAGGCCCCAGCUGCAGAAGAGACGCCUGCCGAACCCGAGGGGUCAGAAACUCCCAAAGAAGAAGCAGCCGAGAAUGACGACGGUGGUGGUGAGGACGAGACUGCAGCUCCUGUGGAGAAGAAGGCCUUGACGAAAAAGGAAAAGAAGAAGAAGAAGGAGAAAGAGAAGAAAGAGAAGGAAAAGAAGGAGAAGGAGGAGAGAGAGAGGAAAGAGAAGGAAAAGAAAGAGAAGGAAAAGAAGGAAAAAGAGAAGAAGGAGAAGGAGAAGAAAGAGAAGGAAAAGAAGGAAAAGGAGAAGAAGGCUGCCGCAAAAGCUGAAAAGUCUCACCACCACAAGUCGAAACACGCACACUCGUCCAAGGACGCAAAAUCUUCCGAAGACAAGGCAUCUGUCGCCGACGGCAGCGAGACGGCGGAGAGGAGCGCCCCGGCUGCUGAUGCAAAGGAGGAGGACAAGGCGGCCGAAUCUGAUGCGGAGGCCAAACCUGCGGGCGAGGAGUCAUCACCAGCGGACGAAGCAGCUCCGGGUAGUGAUGCAACGCCAGAUGAGGCCAAGGCGUCAGAAGAGGAGAAGCCGGCUGAAGAGCCUGCACCCCCUUCAGAGGAAGCUGCUCCUGACGCAGAGAAGCCUGCUGAUGAAGCUAAGCCUGAAGAGUCCGCUGAGGAGUCUCAACCAGCGGGCGACGCCAAGUCCGAGGAAGAGAAGCCCGCGGAGGAGGAAAAGGCUGCUGCAUCGGAAGAGAAGUCUCCCGAGUCAGAGGAGUCCCCUGCGGAGGCGGAUAAGGGCCCCCAAGAGGAGACCGCCGCUGAAGAAGCGAAGCCUACCGAAGAAGCACCCCCGACUGAAGAGAAGCCUGCUGAAGCAGAUGACAAGCCAGCCGAAGCAGACGACAAGCCAGCCGAAGAAGCCCCUACUGUCGAGGCCGCCGCUGAGGAAAAACCAGCUGAAGAAGCUCCCGCCGCGGCUGCCGACAAAGAGCCUGAACCGGCAGAGAAGCCACCUGAAGAACCUGCUGCUGCUGAGGCUACUGAUGCUGAAGAGAAGCCUGAACCCGCUGCUGCGGCUGCUGCUACCGAUAAGGAGCCUGAACCAGCAGAGGAGAAGCCAGCUGAAGAGCCUGCUGUCGAGGCCGCCGCCGAAGAGAAGCCCGCGGAAGAGGUGCCCGCAGCUGAGGAGAAACCUGCUGAAGCAGAGAAGGCACCUGCUGCUGAGGAAAAGCCUACCGAAGCAGACGACAAGCCUGCUGAGGAGAAGUCGGCCGAAGCAGACGAUAAGCCCGGAGCUGAAGAAGCCCCCCCUGCUGUCGAGGCAGCCGCCGAAGAGAAGCCCGCGGAAGAGGCCUCGACUGAGGAGAAACCUGCUGAGCCAGACGAUAAGUCAGUCGCAGAGGCACCUGCAGUCGAGGAGAAACCCGCUGAGGAAACACCUGCGGGCGAGGAGAAGUCUGCCGAAGCAGAGGACAAGGCCGUUGAAGAGGCGCCUGCGGGCGAGGAGAAGCCGGCCAACGAAGCUAAACCUGCAGAAGCAGAAAAGCCGGCCGACUUAGACGACAAGCCAGCUGGAGAGGUGCCCUCGGCUGAGGAGAAGCCCACCGAAGCAGAGGCGAAGCCUGCCGAGGAAAGCAAGCCUGUCGAAGCAGAGGAGACACCAGCUGCUGAGGAAAAGCCCGCCGAAGCAGGUGACAAGCCAGCCGAAGAGGUGCCCUCGGCUGAGAAGCCCACCGAAGCAGAGGCGAAGCCUGCCGAGGAAAGCAAGCCUGUCGAAGCUGAAGAGACCCCUGCUGCUGAGGAAAAGCCUGCCGAAGCAGAAAAGCCAUCCGAAUCAGAUGAUAAGCCUUCUGAAGAAGCCAGCCCGGUCGAAGCAGAGAAGCCCGUCGAGGAAUCUACCCCUGCUGCAUUGGAGGAGAAACCUGUCGAAGAACUCAAGGCGACUGAAGCAGAUGACGAGACCUCUGAAUCAGAUGGCAAGCCGGCCGAGGAAGUCAAGCCAGCCGUAGCGGAGGAUAAGCCGGCUGAAGAAGCCGCCCCCGCUGAAGCUGAUGACAAGUCCACCGAAGAAGCCAAGCCAGCUGAAUCAGAGAAACCCGUCGAGGAAUCUACCCCUGCCGAAGCAAACGACAAAUCCCCUGAGGAAGCUAAGUCUGCUGAAUUAGAGGAGAAACCUGCCGAAGAUGCUAAGGCAACUGAAGCAGAUACCUCUGAAUCAGAUGACAAGCCUGCCGAGGAAGUUAAACCAGCUGAACCAGAGGAGACGCCUUCUGCGGAAGUCGAACCAGCUGAAGAGAACAAAACCGCCAACGGCACUCCUGAGACCGAGGCCAAGUCUAUUGAAGAGAUGAAACCCGAAAAGGAGACAGAACAACAACCUGAGGCAACCGAACAGCCUGCCGCAGCCGAGACCAAGAAUGCCGAGGAGGAGUCUGCCGAGACUGAGGAGCCUGUCGAACCAGAGCAAACAGAAUCCGGUGACAAGGCCGAGAGCGAAGAAUCCAAGGCUGGGGACAACGCUACCACAGAUGGCAAGACUGCUGGCGAUGAUUCGGAAGAACAGGCCAAAGAAACCGCGUCUCCCGAAGCAAAAGACGAGGCCGCCUCGACUACUGACGGGAAAGUUACCGAAGAAGAAGCACACGCUACAUCGGAUGAUGACCCCGCUGACAAAAAACCACCUGCUACGGAAGACCAACCUCCUGAAGCAGCUGAAGCGGAUGAUGGCAAGGCAGCUCAGGAAGCGAAGGCUGCUGAUGACGAGAAGGUUGAAUCAGAGGUGAAACCCUCAGAGGACGACAAAUCCACUGAUGGUGAAGAUGCUGGUGAGACCGAGAAAGCUGGAACCGCUGAAGCAGAGGAGCCAAAGGCCACCGAAAAGCCUGACGAGACAUCAGAUUCUGAGUCUGAAGCUGAGUCUGAGGGAAAGGCGGCAACAGCAGAGGCCAAGGAGCCCGAAGCUGAGGUCUCCGCACCCGACGAUGAUGAGACGAAGGAUGCGGACGCAGCCGCUUCUACAGAGGCCGAGACCAACGCCGCCGCCGAAACACCUGCUCAGCCGGAGGAUAAGGACAAAGAGGCCCCGGAGACUCCUGCCGAAUCAGCGCCGGAGCCGAAGCCAGCAGCUGACGAUGCGAAGCCUAAAGAAGAGCUCGACGCCAAUGCUGCCUCUGCCUCUGCCGAGAAAAGCGGUGAUUCCGAUUCUGACAGCGACAACGAAGAUGAUCAGCCAGUUGCUGAGGCGACACCAGAGUCCAAGCCUGAAGCGCCAAAGGAGGCCCCCUCAGAGGUCCCCGAUAGUUCCAAAGCCACAGAAGACUCGGACUCCGCGGAUGACGACGCUGAGAAGAAUCAGCCCCCAGAAGUAUCAUCGAAGGCUGAGCCUGAAGAGGCUACUCCUGAAACCCCAACAGAGACGACUGCACCUGCACCGUCCCCCGACUCGGAGAGUGACUCAGAGAGUGACGCUUCAGAGGACAGCCCUGAUGCCGACAAGGAGCCAGCCGCUGCAGCCGCAAAGGAGGAAUCCGCAGCCCCAACUGAGGAAGCCAAGCCAGAGCCCACAGCAGAAGAGACUCCCAAGCCUUCCGAGACCAAGCCAAAGGAGGAAGCAGAGGGAGAACCGGCUGCUACUGAAACCUCAUCUAAAGAGCCUGACGCCGAGAAGGCUCAUGAUUCCGAUAGCGAGGAUGACUCCGAUGACGAGGAAGCCCCCAAAGCUGUGGAGGAGAAAGCGACGCCCGCUGCCGAGGUCGAGAAAGAGACACCCGCCGAGGCCGAAAAGCCUGGUGCCGACCAAGCCAAGGACUCCGAUAGCGAUGAUGAAUCCGAUGACGAGGAACCUCCUCAGGCUGGAGACGAGAAAGCGACGCCUGCCCCCGAGGCUGAGAAAGAGGCACCUGCUGAGGUUGAAACGCCGGAUGCCAAGAAGGACCAAGAUUCUGAUAGUGAUGACGAAUCUGAUGGUGAGGAUCCUGCUAAGGCGGGAGACGACAAAGCGACUCCUGAGGCUGAGAAAGAGGCACCCGCUCCCGAGGCUGCGAAGCCAGAUGCCCAGAACGACGACGACUCUGAUAGUGACGACGAUUCUGACGACGGGAACGCUUCUAAAGCCGGAAACGACAAGGCGGUUCCCGAGGCCGACAAAGCGACAUCUGCUUCUGAGGCUGAGAAAACGGCCCCUGCUCCUGACGUCGAGAAGCCAGAUACCGAUAAGGCGGAGGAUUCUGACAGUGACGACGAAUCAAACGACGAACCCCCCCCUGAGGUUGACAACAAGAAAACAACCCCUGAUGCUGAAAAGGAGACGCCGACUUCUGAGACCGUCAAGCCAGAUGCUGAGGCAGCCUCCAACUCCGACAGUGACGACGAAUCUGACGACGAGGCCCCCUCUAAAGCCGAAGAUGAGAAGGCAGCACCUGCUCCAGAGGCUACAGAAGCUCCAGAAGAAAAGUCCGAGCCUGCAGCCGAGAAGGAGGCAGAGAGUGUUGCAGACAAGUCCGACACAGACGAUGCCGGAUCGGAAGCCCCCGCAGAGAAGCCAGCCGAGGUGACUCUUGUUGAGGCCGAUGCUGGUGGCGAUGCUGGGAAAGCUGCUGAACCGGAGGCACCAAAGGAAAUCGCCAAGGACGAGGAUGAGGCAAAGGAGCCUGCCGACGAAGCCAAGGAAGAGGCCUCGGCCGCCGAACCUGAAUCCGCAAAGCAACCAGACAGUUCUCCAGAGGUUACACCUCAGGCCAGCGAUGAGAAGCCCGAGGACACUGCAACCAUAGUCGACGAAGAGCCGGCACCAGCUGCUAAGACUACUGCUGCUGACAAGGAGCCCGAGUCACCAGAGGAGAAGCCUGCAGAGGAGAAGCCAGCCGAGGACAAGCCAGUCGAAGAGCCUGCCGCCGAGGAGAAGCCAACCGAAGAAGCUCCCGCUGCUGCAGAGGAGAAGCCAUCAGAAGAGGCACCUACGGCUGAGGAGAAGUCGGCCGAGGAGGCACCUACUGCCGAAAAGGCCCCUGUCGUUGAAAAGGAGCCUGAACGGGCCGAGCAGCCUGCUGAAGAAGCUCCUGCUGCAGAGGCUCCGGUAGUGGAAGAGAAGCCAGCUGAAGAACCCACCGCUGACACUGCUGCUGCCGAGGAGAAGUCUGCAGAAGAGAAGCCGGCAGAAGAGGCCCCCUCCGUCGACGAGAAACCAGCCGAAGAACCUGCCACCGAGGCUGCUGCUACCGAUAAGGAGGAACCAGCAGAGAAGAAGCCUGCAGAGGAACCCGCUGUUGAGGCUGCUGCCGAGGAGAAGCCCGCGGAAGAGAAACCGUCUGAGGAGGCUGCUGCCGCGGAAACUCCCACCGCCGAGGAGAAACCGGCUGAGGAAUCCGAUGCUGCUGAGGAGAAGCCGGCUGAGGAGAAAGCAACUGAAGAACCCGCUGCUGAGGCUGCUGCCACCGAGAAAGAGCCUGAACCGGCAGAGAAGCCAGCUGAAGAACCCGCUGCUGCUGAGGCUACUGCUGCUGAAGAGAAGCCUGAACCUGCUACUGAGGCUGCUGUUGAAGAGAAACCAGCUGAGGAGAAGCCAGCCGAAGAAACUCCCGCUGCUGAACCGGCAGAGAAGCCCGCAGAAGAGUCUCCUGCUGAGACCGCCGCUGAGGAGAAGCCAGCAGAAGAGGCUCCUGCCGCUGAGGUAACCACUGAAGAGAAACCUGCUGAGGAGGCCCCCGCUACUGAGGAGAAGCCCGCGGAGGAGAAGCCAGCUGAAGAACCCGCUGCAGAGGCUUCUGCUACCGAGAAGGAGCCCGAACCAGCUGAGGAGAAGUCCAUCGAAGAGGCACCUGUUGUUGUUGCCGCCGCUGCUGAGGAAAAGGCUACUGAAGAUUCUCCGGCUGCCGAAGAGAAACCUGCCGAGGAGGCACCCGCUGCUGUCGCCGACAAGGAGCCUGAACCAGCAGAGAAGCCAGCUGAAGAGGCUCCCGUUACUGAGACUGCUACUGAGGAGAAGCCAGCUGAGGAGAAGCCAGUCGAAGAGCCUGCUGCUGAGGAGAAGUCAGCAGAGGAGCAGCCAGUCGAAGAAGCUCCCGCUGCUGAGGCUGCUACCGAGGCUGCUACCGAGGAGAAACCAGUAGAGGAGAAGCCAGCUGAGGAGGCCCCCGCUGCUGAGAAGGCGGAACCUGAAGAAGCGCCUUCAACUGACGACAAACCCGAGGAACAGGCCACGCCCACCGCCGUCGAGACAACUGAAGAAGCGCCCGCAGCUGAAUCUAAGGCAGAAGAAGAGGCCAAGGCAGUUGAAGAGGAACCCGCUGACGAAAAACCGGCUGCUGAAGCCAAGCCAGAGGAGGAUUCCAAACCUGCUGACGACAAACCAGAGGAAGAAACCGCAGCACCCGAGGAGAAGCCCGACGACAACGCUAAACCAGCCGAGGAAACAUCCGCAGCCGAAGAAAAGCCCAGCGAGGAAGCACCUGCGGCUCCAGCUGAUGAGGCCAAGGAAGAGGUUGCGACUGAACAGCCCGCCGAGGAGGCUCCCGCAACGGAGGAGGCAGCCAGAGCUGCCCCCGAAGAUCCACCAGCUGAAGAUGCGACAACUGCUCCAGCCGAAGACGCCAAACCGGCUGAAGAAGCACCUUCCACUGAUGAAAAACCAGCUGAUGACGUGAAGGCCCCUGAUGAAGAGGAGAAACCUGCCGAAGAGACUGUUGCACGCGCAGCAGAGACAGACGACAAGCCGGAAGAACAGGAACCUCCCGCACCAGAGGCAGAUGCCAAACCUGCCGAGGAAGCAUCUGCUGAAGAAGCACCUGCUCCAGAGCCUGAAGACGCCGCUACCAAGUCGCCUCCCGAGCCUGAAGCAGAAAAGGCCGCCGAAGCCGAGAAGAAAGAUGACGAAAAAGCUAGAGCAGAGGCAGAGGCAGAGGCCAAGGCCAAGGAAGAAGAAGAGAGCAAAGAUACUCUUGGUCCGAUUCCAGGCGAAAAGAAGCAGGCGAAAAAAGGUGAGGAACGACAUUCAUUAAACGAUACCCCUUUUGAUUUUCCGCAACGUUUGGGACUCCCCGCUACGGAGUUACAAGAAGAUAUGGAUCACGGAGUUUUGGAGUUACUUUCAGACGAUACCCAGGGACAGCGAGAAUUACCACCCAACGAGGAUGAUACAGAACUCACACCUAUCGCUCAUGAUUCGAGCCAGCCGCAGAUUGUUGAAGCGGCCGACGAGCGCGAUGGAGCCAGCGAGGCGAAAUCGCUUGCUCCGUCUUGCACAGAAGAUGAUCAAACUAUCACAGAAAUCACGAUGCCAGGGUUACACGAGCCGAGUUCGGGCCAGAAUACGAACAUUGGAGUAGCGGAGGAUCCCACGCGUCCAGAGCCAAAGGCCGAGGUUCUGGGCGACGUUGAGGAGCCGCUGGUGACGAGAGACACUCUGGGCCAAGAUGGUUCUCGUCAAGAUGGUGAGGAGACGAAUGGGCAGGCUGAGGAGCAAGUUGCCAUAGAAACUUGUCCGGCAGCGAAGCUUACCCCAGAAAGUGGCGAUGACGCCAAGCAGCAGUUGCCGAAUGAGCCCUCAGACCCAGCGCCAGAAAGCCAAGAAGCGGCUGUCAAGGCUCCCGAGCAUGUCGUUCCAGUUGUCGCCAAAGAGCCAGAUUCGGUCGCAGAAGCAGAUGGCGCCGAUCUGGCUGUCAGCCACGCCGUCUCAGAAGCCAAUGAUGGUGUCGAAGUCCCCGCACCUCAGAAUCAUGGUGCCACAGACCAAUCAACGGAAGCCGUGGAGAGAGAGGCCGCUGAGGCUGGGGCUGAGCCUGUAAACAUUUACAUGGAAUCACCAACCACACCUGAAGCACACGCCAAAGAGCCAGCUGAUGAUGCUCACGAUGGCAACGCGCAGACUGAUGGAAUGGACGCCAACUCACCAAUUCCCGUUGCCAAUAACUCGUCUGCAUCACAACUGGGCGACAGAGAGCUGCCACUUGAGCAGCCCGAAACCCCAGCUGUGCUGACCUCUGACACCGAUGCAGAGACUCAGAUGCCCAAGACUGGCGUCUCUGACCUCGAAGUAGAGGGAGACACGGCAAACCUCCCCAGCGUCUCCCGCCCAUCUGCAGCUGUUAGCAUGCAAACUGAAGAGGAUGAGAAAGCAGGCUCAGAGGCGGAGGGACCGGCAUCACUCUCUGAAACUGCCGGCCGACCUUCAAGCCCCAUUGAUGUGGUUGCUGCGAAAUCCGGGACAACCGACGCUUCCGAUCCCGAAACUAUCGACCAACAAGCGAUAUCACCGGAGGUUGCACAAGACUCGGACACUCCAGCUGCGGCCUCUGUAAGCACCAAUGUUCCCGACUCAGAUUCGGAAGAGGAACAGCAGAUGACUGGCAAGGAGGAGGCUCAGGAUCCUGUGUCUCUUGGAGUUCGACUUGAAGAGGAAACAAAACCUGCCGAAAUUGGACCUCAAGUUGAGAGAACACCAGCUUUAGAACCAACACAGGAAGUGUCCAUGUUGGGACUAUUGCAAGCUCUCCCUACCGCUGAUACCACACUGCACGAGCCCAAAAUCCUCGACACUGAUUUCGAGAGCGUACUGCAGACGCCGGGAGAGAUACCCCAAGACCGCGCAGUUUUGCAUCUGGAGCCUGAGCAGACCGAGGCCAUUGAUGACGACUUCAAGUCAGGUUCCACAGAGCCUGAGUUGUCGCCGCCAGCCGUAGGGUCUCAGUUCGAAGAGCCCGUUGCGUUCGAUGACAAGCUAGAGGAAGGACAGCAAACAACCGAGGAUCUAUCUCGCGAUACCAAGGGCACAGACCAGGAGGUCCAGGAACCGCUGACCUCUGUGUCGAAGCCCGAGGAGAAGGAUGAUGACGCACUGCCACCCGUUGAAGUUCUCUCGCGCUCUCAUUCUUCUCUUAGUGGCACCGACGCGGAGGAACCGAGACACCUUGGACCAACGGAAGAAGCUUCAGGCCAGCCACCAGAGCAACUGAAGUCCAUUUACCGGGCCAGUUCCCCAGAUAUGACAAUUGACGACACUGAGGGAGUGUCCCACCCCAAGAACCUACCGCACUCCCCGACAGCCUCGACAGUCUCUGAAGCCGACGAAGACAUCCUUGGCACUAAAGAAGCCGAAACUUUCGACCUCGAGCAGCAGACCGUUGCCUCCAGGCCUGCAUCACCUGAAAGCACCCCUGGAGACCGUGGGAUCUUCGAUCUUGGCGCACAUAGCGAUGACAAAUCCUCUCAUGAAGAUAAGUCCGCUCCAGCAGCCCAUACCGAGCUCGUGUCAGAAGAACUUGAGGGUGGAGAGAAGGCUAGCCAACAAAACGAUGCCAUGCCUGAGCUCGAGAAAGCUACAGCUUCUUUCGAAUCUGGGGAAUCGGAUUCUGAGUCGGAGAAUGACGAGCCACACGAAACCGAGACCCGUGAUGCGGGAGUGCUGAGCCCUUCAAGCCCCGCGGAGCCGGCGACUAAGCCCGGUACCGCUUCACCCUACUCGUCAGGACCUGAAUCCGCCCUGGACAAGGCUCUCGCUCAAGAUAGCCUUGGCACUGACGAGCUCACUGUUGGCGUGUAUUCUGAGUCAGCCCACCCCUCUAGAGCUUCUACUCCAGAUGCUGGCAUCGAACGUGGUGUCGCUGGUGACGGACAGGCCCCCGGUUCCGAGCCGCGCCAAACUUCCGUUCACCUACCAGACUCUUCUCCAGGUGAGGUCGAAGCAGCAGAGAUCGCCUCUCGAGCUGUUGAUGCACCUGCUGUUGAACCCGAGCACUUGAGCCGUUCUGUCUCCCCUGCGAGCCAUCAAGAACCUACUGCCCUGCCGAUUUCUGAAAGUGAAUAUCUGGGAGAUACUCAGACAACCGGGGAUCUUGACGUGUCGGAGCUGAAAGAUCACGAAACGUCCAGAUCUCCAACUCCCAAUAUCGUCGCUCGGACUGUAGAGCCCCAGGAACCGCUCCCAGCAACUGAUGAGCUUCAUGACACUGAAUCGAGCCCGGCACUGAAGACUUCCGCUGCCCCUGGCAUUCCAGAGCUACCUUCCCAUGAGGACUCUGAAGAGGACGAAACUGAAGCUCCUGUGCCACCUGUUGCAUCCACACAGGGUGACAUGAGUCGGGAGAAGGAUGAGCUUGACACUGUUGGAGAAGAGGCCCCGGCCCAGAAAGCCAUCGAUGUAACAGCGGCAGUUGCCUCAGAAGAGGGAUCUGAUGUUGAAUCGCACGCAUCCAGCUCGGAGCCUCCGUCACCAACCUCCAGGACUCUCCACGUCAUCAUUCCACAAGAUGCACGAGAGACCCCCCGACCUCGCCAGGUGAGUUCUCCGGAGCUCGAGCCCUCUUCUCGUACUCUUGAGGAUGAGGAGGUCGACGGUGGUUCCGACUCGAGCGACGAGAUCCAAUCCCUUCUGCUCGAACUCUUGGAGUCGGUUGCGGAUGGACCUAUUGACGAGGACGAUUCCGACCACGAUGAGCAUGUGUCUGGGCCAGUUUCGCCAAAAACACCAGCUCGUGAUCUCCGAGAGAGGGCACUAGCUGGCGACGAGUCACCUUCACCUCUGUUCUAUCGCGAUUCGCCAGUCGCGAUGCUCAGCCCAGCCCAUUUUGAGCCCACAGGCGGCGUCGAGAGAAGAUCUCUGCUGGGCCUUGACGAGGCAGGAAGCCCGUCGAGGUCUUCAUCGCCUGACACCAUCAUUGAGGUGGCGCAUGAUCAGCCGGAUCUCUCAGAGGAGCCACCAACCGUCGAACCGUUAAGCCCUACAAAAACCAAAGGCGCCAUCGGCCCAGAUGUUGCUGGUCUUGACACGGCUGAUGGUGUUGCUCCAAGAGGCGCCCUCAGCGAGUCUGAAGACUCAGAUGAUGAAUCAGAUUUCGUUGUCCUUGGCCCAUCUGAUGCCCCGGCACCUGGGCUUCAGGGCCGCCAGGACUCCACAGAGAUGAGAGACACGUCUCUACCUGCUCAUGCAGGAGCUGAGGCUGAUACCAAACCUGUGGAAGUGAUACCAUCUGAAGACGAAAGCGACUCUGAACACGAGCCUCAUACCGAAAGACCGCCUCAGACUCGAGAUCUCCCGUCAGCUGCUCCCUCGACCGGUGUAGCACCGGUACCAGCACCAGCUGCUUUAGCACCUGAAGCUGUGGCUCAGCCUUCUCAAGCCCAGGAACCUGAGUGGGACAGCAGCAGCUGCUCAGAGGACGAGGAAUACAACACUGCGGUUGAAGAUCCUUACCCAGAAAGCCGAUCUCUGCAUUCAAUGCAGCCUCAACAAGAUGUUGGUGAGCACAACACACUGCCCGGUGUCGGUACUCGUGAUAUGGAUGACGAUGAAGACUCGGAUCAGGAGCCAACCCCUGAGGCCAAGCCAAGAGAGGCGGCCGAGCUGCAGCCAAUAUCUCCAAGCUCCGAGGUUGCGACAGAACAUGAGGCAAAGCCAAUGGAGCUACUUCAAUCCGAAGCAUCCAAGCCGCCGAGGGUGGUGCAGAUCCCCCCGCGAGACAAGGGCAAAGCAGUCGAGAUUGCACGAGACAGCCCCAAGAGACCGAGCCCCGUCUUGCGAACAGGCCUCGGGGCUGCAGCCGUGGCUUCUGGGCUUGCUGCCGCCCGAGAGGCAAAGGGCGAACGGGCCGUUGCAAGGCCCUCUCGUGCCGAGCCUCCCCGAACGUUCUUGACGCAGCAGCAACGGCCUCGAAGGUCGCUGAGGAUACGCCCUGGCACCGAGAUCUACACAAAGGACCCUAUCUUCAUGCCCGUUACCAGCCGGGUAUCUGAAGCCAGACCUGUGCCGCGACCCUUCCCUCUACAGGUUGAAGGCGAACCGUCUAGAACACCGGUGCGUCCUAUGCUCAGACACCGUACUUUCGAGACCCAGGGCGAGUCAUCAAAAGCAGCAGCACACAGAGCCCAGAGGCCUCGCUCUCUCGACGCCAAGGGCGAAUCGCCCAGAGCUGCUGUGCAGGUGUCCCCUAGGCCUCGCUCCCUCGAGAUCCAAGGCGCAUCCUCAAGAGCGGCCGCACCAGUAGCAACCAGACCUCGUUCUUUCCAGGCCGAAGGCGAGUCGACAAUGGCCCCUGUUCCUGUGCGGCCAGAGCUCAGGCAUCCUGCCACUACCAUCGAGGAGGGACUGAGGAGGAGAGAUGUUGCUCACUCAGGUCCCUCCUCACCCACCGAGCAUGAAGGCAUAAGGCCUCCAACCCCUGGCAUCGUGAUACCUGACACAGAUAUGAUCGACUUACAGCGAGCCCAUACCCUCCGGCGGAAGCGCAAGAUGUCGAUCCAGCGUGCAGAGGACACUGUAGCUGCCGCGGUAGUCAUCUAUGCGGCCGCCGAGGCGCUGAGCCCUCCCAGCAGCCCCCCACCGCUGCUCAGGCAGCAUCAAGAAGAAGAAGAAUAUGAUGAUGAUGAUGAUGCAUACCUACCUAAUCUGGAACAUCAGAUGACAGCGGAUCCCGAGAACUCCUACUUCCCAGUUUCUUCAUCACCACGGAGGAGCUUCGAGGAUGCGCUCGAGGAACUCUACACGUCCGAUGCUGACUGGUUUGCAGACGACAGGAGCAGAGAAUCUGACUCGUCGCGCAGCGAUAGAGACAGAGACAGACAUCACAGGCGCCGACGCUCGCACCGCUCGCACCACUCUAGCAGGAGCCGUGACGAGGAGGGCAAAGAACACAGAUCGAGCCGUGGUGAGGACGACAAGAGAGCCCACCGGUCUCGGGAUGAAGAUGAGGGUCGGCGCCGUCGCAGGUCUCAUCGGGAUCGGGAUGAAGAGGGUCGAUCUUCUCGCAGACACCGUGAUGACGAAGAACCACGAUCUCGUGGAUCACGUGGUGAAGGCGAGGCCAGGGUACGGAGCUCACGAGGUGCUGAAGAGCCCAAGCCCCGUAGCUAUCGCCGGGAGGAGGAGCCACGAUCGCGUGGUUCCCGUGCUCCCGUCGAGGAGUCUUCCUCGCGUGCUCUGCCCCGUGAAGAGGAGCCGCGAGAGCGUACGAGGCGAUCAUCGCACGGUUCCCACUCUCACCGCCGUUACAGACCCGAUAGCGCCGGGUCAGGCACCCCGGGCACGCCUCCCAGAACUCCCAGGAGAGACAGUGGAUUCUCUGCCGAAGGCAGUUCUGGUAGCUCUGGCCGCAGACGCCGCACGCCUGAUGAACAGGCGGCCCACGACAAGCGAAAGGCGGAGCGGGCAGAGCGGCGCGCAAAGGAGAAGGAACCUGAGCGGAAGCGUGAGCCUUCACGCCUCCGAGAAGCCCCCAGGGAGGCCCAGGAGGCCCAGGAGGUCAAGGGCAAGGAACCAGAGGCCGAGCCGGAGCGGAGACAUCGUCGCUCGCGGAGACACAGCCACUCUGGGCGACCUCGGCCUGAUGACAUUAGGGACCGCCCCUCAACAGCAGAGCGAGAGGAGUCGGUUGCGCCUGCACCUGCGCCUAGGAGGAGGUUCUUCGGCAUCAAGACUUCAGAUAACCCGCCGCCUGCACGCGAGGAGCCUGCUGUGGCGGAACCAAUUAGAGAACGAGCGAAGGAGUCUCCUCCCGUUGAAGAAGCGCCCAAGCGGACAAGGUCCAAGUACAGACGUCCUCGGGAGUCGAUGGAUGAAGCACGCCCUCGGUCGCGUCGUACACGCGAUGAGCCAGCACCUGAAUCUCCCCGAGACCGAGAUGCCCGUCCAUCCAGGCACGUCAGGAUGGACACGGAGGACUCGCGACGCAAAGCUCGACAUGAGGAGCGGCGCAAGGCGCAAGCCAAGGAGGAGGAGAAGAAGAAGCCAGGAGGCAUCAAGGGUGCAUUCAAGAAGCUGUUUGGCAGCUAA